GUUGCCUGCGGCUCGUUCUCCCCUCCUACAUACCUGCAUCUGCGCAUGUUCGAGAUGGCCAAAGAUACGAUCCUCGAAGAUGCCAAAUACGAAAUCAUGGGCGGGUACUACUCCCCCGUCUCAGACAGGUACAAGAAGUCCGGGCUCGCGCCCGCCCUGCACCGUGUGCGGAUGUGCGAGCUCGCGGUCGAGUACACCUCUACUUGGCUCAUGGUCGACGCUUGGGAAGCGACGCAGGACGAGUACCAGCGCACGGCGAUCGUUUUGGAGCACUUUGAUGCUGAGAUCAAUAGGGACGGAGGGGUGCUCAUGGCUGAUGGGUCGAGGAAGAGGGCGAAGAUCCUCCUGCUCGCGGGAGGGGACUUGAUCGAGUCCUUUGGACAUCCGGGCGUGUGGGCAGAGGAGGACCUCCAAAUCAUCCUCGGCCGCUUUGGGUGCAUCAUCGUUGAGCGCACAGGCUCAGACGUAUGGGCCUUCCUACUCUCCCAUGACAUUCUCUACCAGCACCGGGGCAACGUCAUCGUCGUGAAACAGCUCAUUUACAACGACAUCUCUUCUACCAAAGUCAGGCUGUUCGUACGUCGCGGGAUGAGUAUCAAGUACCUCCUGCCUAACUCGGUCAUCCAGUAUAUUUAUUCCAAUAGGCUGUACGGGCACAACCCCGAUGCGUACCCUACAUGA